AUGGAGCUCACGCCGGAGGAGCUCACCGGGAUCUACACUUGGUCCCGCCGCAGGUGGAUGAGAUUCCCUUGUCCAGGCCAAAGAAGAACAUCGCCAGGGAUUUCAGCGAUGGAGUGCUUGCUGCCGAGGUUGUAUCGUAUUACUGCCCUCGACUUGUUGACAUCCACAACUAUAGCGCUGCAAACAGCUUGGCACAAAAGAUGUACAAUUGGAGCACUUUGAAUGAAAGAGUGUUCAAGCACUUCAAUCUUCAGCUAUCCAAGGAGGACAUUAGCGCUGUGGCGGGUGCCCAGCCUUUGGUGAUCGAGGCUUUCUUGAAGCUUUUGAAAAGCAAGCUGGAGAAAUGCCCGUCAUCCGCAGCCCGGAAAUGUGAAACCGAUAAAGCUGAUGAGGGUAAGACGUACGCUCAGCCUGGAAUGUAUAUACAUACCGAGAAUUCCUCCUGUGCUUGCAGAAGCAGCAGUGCGGAUAGAACAUCGUCUUUGGCAUCGCACAAGGCUGCCGCUCAACUUUCCGACUCGGAAACGCAGACUUUGGCGUCGCAAGAAAAUGAUUCAAAUGGUGUGGUAGCUACUCCAGCUCCAAACACGGCACAGAUUCGCGAGCUGCAAGAAACCAUUGAGGUCUUAGAAGCCAAGGUUUUCAGGCUAGAGCAGCUCAUGAAGCUCAAGGGCGGGAAAACGGGACGGCUGAAAAGGUUAUAGAACAAGGUCAACGCCUGUGUAUUUUUCUAUAUAGCAUGUCAAUAGAUCGUUACGGGUGGCUGCUUUUC